CAGAAAGAUGUUUUGAUAAUCAUUUCUAUAAUCUUUAGCCUAGCCAUUAAUCACAGUUCUAUUAAAAAAUGAAUGCAAUAAAAAAUUUAGGUCAUUCCAUUAUUAACAACCUACCACAUGCCAAUAAGCUGCUAUUGUGUGAUGCUGGUUCCAAAUGUCAAAAUAUGAUUGGGAAACAUUUGGUUAAAUAUUCUUCACAUAAAACUUCACUUAAUCAGCAAAAUAAAUCUGAAAAAAACAAAGUUGUUAUUGAUCAUUCUAAGAAAAGUCAAUUUAUAUUUGAUAGAGAAGAUAAAUAUGGUGCACAUAACUAUCACCCAUUGCCAGUUGCUCUAAAAAGGGGCCAAGGCGUAUAUGUGUGGGAUGUGGACGACAAACGUUACUUUGACUUUUUAAGCGCUUACAGCGCCGUGAAUCAAGGUCAUUGUCAUCCUAAGAUAGUCAAAACGCUGCAAGACCAAGCGCAGAUAUUGACACUCACAUCCAGAGCGUUCUACAACGAUGUACUGGGCGAGUAUGAAAAAUAUAUUACCGAGCUGUUCGGCUACGACAAAGUUCUUCCCAUGAACACUGGCGUGGAAGCGGCUGAAACGGGAAUAAAACUCGCUCGUAAAUGGGCUUACACAGUCAAGGGUAUACCCAAUAACGAAGCCAUCGUCUUGUUCGCCGAGCAAAACUUUUGGGGUCGAACACUGGCUGCUGUUUCGGCCUCCACCGAUCCCGAAUGUUUUGAAGGGUUCGGUCCGUUCAUGCCCGGUUUCGAGAUCAUUUCUUACGAUGAUUUGGCAGCGCUAGAAAACGCCAUUCGCCAAAAUUCUCAGCGCAUCUGCGCAUUCAUGGUGGAACCCGUUCAAGGGGAAGCUGGAGUUAGAGUCCCCUCUCCCGGUUAUUUGAAAGGUGUUAGGGCUAUUUGCGACAAAUAUAAUAUCCUCUUUAUAGCUGACGAAAUACAAACUGGAUUGGGAAGGACUGGGAAGAGAUUAUGUUUAGAUCACGAAGGUGUUAAGGCUGAUAUUCUCUUACUCGGAAAGGCGCUCUCGGGUGGACUUUACCCUGUUAGUGCGGUUCUAGCUAACGAUAACGUUAUGUUAACCAUUAAGCCCGGUCAACACGGCUCAACUUAUGGAGGUAACCCUCUGGCAUGUAAAAUUGCUCAAACGGCUCUUAAAAUAAUCGAAGACGAAAAUCUAGCUGCAAAUGCCGAACGCCUGGGCAUAAGGUUGAGAGAUAAUCUAUCCAAACUUCCCAGAGAAGUGGUCAAAUUAGUUAGGGGCAAAGGCUUGUUAAAUGCUAUAGUAGUUCACGAAGGUUAUGACGCGUGGGAUCUUUGCUUGAGACUUAUGAAGAAGGGUUUGUUGGCUAAACCCACUCACGGCGAUAAAAUAAGGUUGGCACCACCUCUCAUCAUCACGGAAAAGCAGAUCGACGAAUCUUGUCAAAUAAUUACGGAAACUGUCAAAUCAUAUCUCUAAAACUUAUAUUUUCUUAUUUUACUAAUUUCAACUACAUUUUGGAACUCAAUUUAAAAAAUUUAUCUCAAUAAAUGACAAAUAAUAUUAAAAUCACUUCAUUUUAAUCCUAAAAUAGUUUUUUUUACCCAUAUACAACAACAAAUAUAAUAUUUGAUACAUCACAUAAUUAAUCAUUUAAUAUCUAAUUAUUUAAUUUUAAGGGGAAUUUUGAUUUAUUUAUAAUAAU